AUGGGACUCGUGGACUUCGCAAUCGACCUGGCAGCGGUGCUGAGUGCGUCCCGCUCAGUCGCGUCCAAGCACAUUGCCCUUAGGGCGCGCCAGGUCGAUCGCUAUGGGAAGACUUCAAGCAUUGUCGCCGCUGUGAGGGGCCAGCAGCAGAAGCGGCCUGGUCUACAUGAUGAGUCUAAGGUGGCUCAUGCAAGCCCUGGGAAGGGAGGGGCCUCGACUACGGCAUCAGAGGCACCAGACGGGAUUGACCAGCGUUUUAAUACGGAUAAUGGAGCAUGGUCGCCUGUGGACAACUCCUUACCAAGGAUACAGUCACCCGGUGAUGAUGUGUCAGACUUGGCAGCGAUCCAGGGGACGACGCGGCAGGAUUCAAGCACCGCUCCGGCUUCGAGGAGCGAGGACUCCAGUCGUAAAGAAGCACAGCAACCCAAGGCCAAUUCGUCCAAGUUCGAAAUACCGCUGACUCAGUCUUUUGACAACCCUCCAACGCUUCAUGGAAUCGAUGUACGGGACGGAAAACGAGGGCUUGGAAAUGACAAACCCUCGACACCUCUCGAGGCUGAAGAAGCCGGACUACCCGAGGGCGUGAAUUUUGAAGGGCUCUUUCGAACCAGCAGCGGGCGCAGACUCGAUCCUCUUUGGAAGGGAACCAAGAGAAAUGAGCGGCCCAGAAAGCCUAUACCUGGCGCUGUGGAUUUCGGGCACGCGCGUGCCAACAAUGGGUCAACUAUUCUUCAAAAGCUGAGGAAUCAACAGGACGUCAAAAUAACCCCGUCGCGAGGAGCGGAAGAGCCACAGCUGGACACCCAGGCAAGGCCAACACAGGCUGAAGAAGCACCUUUUCCGGCGGAGUCGAUUGAGGUACAAGAGCCCAAAGCUGAGGCGAACGCAGCGGCGUCGGUAUCUGGAAGCCAGGAAGUGCCCAAGACGAACAUCGCAGGGCCCGAGGCGGCGUCGACUGUUCAGAAGCAAGACACCGAGCAUUCUGGUCAGCGGGUGACCAAAGAAGAUGCUUCAGCCAUGGGCGAGAUCCUAGGCACCGCCACAGUCGAGUCGAAAUAUGAACUCAAGGAAUCCAAGGUUCCCUCAUCCCGGUUCGGCCGUAUUUGGAAUUACAGCGGGCUGGCCGCUGGCAUGUUUGCUGGGGCCGUCAGCGAGAGCUUCAGCAGAGUCACCGGAGGCGGUGGGCAAGGAUCGCUGAUGUUGAGCCCUGCCAAUAUGGAAAGGCUGGUCUCGAAGCUGUCCAAGAUGAGGGGCGCUGCCCUCAAGCUAGGCCAGAUGAUGAGUUUUCAGGACUCGAAGAUGCUACCGGCUCCCAUCCAGGAGGUCCUGCAGAGGGUGCAGGACAGAGCAGAUUACAUGCCGCCAUGGCAACGAGACCGAGUAUUGGUAACGAAUCUCGGCUCUGAGUGGCGUGAACUGUUUGAGGACUUCGAGGAGAAGCCCAUCGCGGCCGCGUCCAUUGGACAGGUCCACCGUGCGACAUUGAAGGACAAUGGCGCCAAAGUCGCCGUCAAAAUCCAGUUCCCAGGAGUUGCUGAGUCCAUCAACUCGGAUCUAGACAAUCUGGGCAUUCUACUAGCAGCCACAAAAUUGUUGCCCAAAGGCCUCUACCUCAACAAGACCAUUGACAACGCGCGGACAGAGCUCGGCUGGGAGUGUGACUACGAAAGAGAAGCCAAGUGUGCAGAGAGGUACAGAAGCUUGCUAGCUACCGAAGACGAUGUCUUCUCCGUUCCCAAGAUCUACCCCGAGGCGUGCGGAAAACAGGUCUUGACCAUGGAAUUCAUGGACGGCGUGGGCGUGACCCGCAUAAAGUCUUUCACCCAGGAGCAAAGGGACUGGAUCGGCACUCAGAUCCUGCGCUUGUGCCUGCGCGAAAUCACAGAGUUCCGCUUCAUGCAGACAGACCCCAACUGGACCAACUUCCUCUACAACGCCGAGCAGGACAGGCUCGUACUCCUCGACUUUGGCGCGUCGAGGGAGUACCCGGACAAAUUCAUCACGCAGUACGUGCAGCUGCUCGCGGCUGCGUCCCGACCGGACCGCGAAGGUGUGCGCAUCCUGAGCGAAGAGCUGGGAUACCUGACCGGCCACGAGAGCAAGACGAUGCUUGACGCGCACACCGCCUCGGUGCUGACAUUGGCGGAGCCAUUCCUGGAAUCCGCGCCGGAGGUGUAUGACUUCAGGGAUCAGACGAUCACGGAGAGGGUGAAGGCGCAGAUUCCCGUGAUGAUCAAGGAGAGGCUGGCGCCGCCGCCGGAGGAGACAUACAGUCUACACCGGAAGCUAAGUGGAGCAUUCUUGCUCUGCGCGAGGCUGGGCAGCAGAGUCAGGUGCAGGGAAAUGUUUGAGCAAAGCUUGGCCAAAUCGGGGAUGCGCGACCAGCAUGUGUAG